UUCACGUUGAAAUAAGUUGAUAAUUUGACGUAGUAUUAACGAAUAAAAGCAUAAAUGAAAUUCGUAAGUAAAAAAAAUGAAGAAACCUUCGGUUGUUUUGAUUGCGUUGAUUUUAAUUUUCAAUAUUUCAGAUAUAACCUGCAAUGCUUCAGAAACUAUAUUGUGUACAAAUUUAAAUGACAUUUGUUAUUAUAACGACGAUUGUUGUUCCCAAUAUUGUUUUAAAUCAUAUUUUUGGUUAAGCGGCGUUUGUGACCAAUUAUCAUUGCGAUUUAGUUUUGAUUCAAACCCUAGAAAUCAAAAAGGAAUUUGCGAAUUCCACAUGCAGACAGAUGAAAGUGACAUCGAUUAUUUGAAUGAUGAAUUUGGCGACAUAAAUGCAGCCCACAAUAGUUUGCCUCCAUAUACACUAAUCAAAGUGUCAUACGAAACAAGGUCGGUAGUCGUUACAAUAAACGAUCGCAUUCCUAGAACAAAUGGAACACUUUUAGAUUUAUCUAAUAAAGCGGCUCUAAAAUUACAAAUUACAAAUGAAGAAUUUGUGCCAUGUAAAAUCGAAAAAGUGAUACAUCAUAAUCCUAUUCUAAAAAUUAUUUUAUAUACUGUACCAAUUUUGAGUUUUUUUGUGAUUAUGAUUAAUUUAUUUUAAUGUACCUGAUUUACUACUUAUCCCUGAACGAAAAAUUAUUAAAAUUAAUUAUCGAUUUUAUUUUUAAUAUGUUAUUUUGUUCUGCAUUUUUUUUUUAAUGUUAUAUGCGAGCUAUUGUGAUAUUUUGUACGCUUCUACCAAAUUUCUAUCUAUUUCGGUCUAUGGCAUUAUUCAUUUAUAUUUGCUUAACGAUAAUAUCAUGAUAAUCGUGAUCAUUUUUAUCACACAAAAAGUUGGGUAGGUUUUUAACUAAUUACUAAUUACAAUUUAAAAUUAGGGUUUUUUUUUAUAAAAUUUUAUAAUAGACAUAGGUAAAGAAAAUAAAAUAAUUUUACAGAAGACUCAACGAAAACGACAUCUCUAAAAUCAUUACAUUCUUAACCAACAUUA